GACGCAGUGACGACCGCUCCGCCCCUAACUCCAGGGUUUUGUAAAGGGUCACGUUGCGCUGCAGCAGUGAAACAGGAGACUCUCCGCAUCCUCCGAACAUAGCUCACCUGCUCUCUCUGUGUCCAGACUGUCAUUACAGCCACCAUGACUCACCAGUAUCCAGCACUGACUCCUGAGCAGAAGAAAGAACUGCAGGAAAUUGCUGAGAGGAUAGUAGCUCCAGGAAAAGGCAUCCUCGCAGCUGAUGAAUCCACCGGCAGCAUGGGGAAACGUUUGAACCCCAUCGGUGUUGAGAACACAGAGGAGAACAGGCGUCGCUACCGCCAGCUGCUCUUCACAGCCGACCAGCGCAUCGACAGCUGUAUCGGAGGGGUCAUCUUCUUCCAUGAAACCCUCUACCAGAACUCAGACGAUGGCACCUCCUUCGCCAAGCUCAUCAAGGACCGCAACAUUGUUGUCGGCAUCAAGGUGGACAAAGGUGUUGUGCCCCUCGCUGGAACAAAUGGAGAGACCACCACUCAGGGUCUGGACGGGCUGUCCGAGCGCUGUGCGCAGUACAAGAAGGACGGCGCAGACUUCGCCAAGUGGCGCAGCGUGCUGAAGAUCAGCGACACCACGCCUUCCGAGCUGGCCAUUAUGGAGAAUGCUAAUGUUCUGGCAAGAUAUGCCAGCAUCUGCCAGCAGAAUGGUAUUGUUCCUAUUGUGGAGCCUGAGAUCCUUCCUGAUGGAGAACAUGACCUGAAGCGCUGCCAGUACGUCAGUGAGAAGGUCCUAGCUGCAGUGUACAAGGCUCUGUCAGACCACCAUGUGUACCUGGAGGGGACACUUCUGAAACCCAACAUGGUAACACCUGGACACUCCUGCCCCACCAAGUACAGCAACGAGGAAAUCGCCAUGGCUACCGUCACCGCCCUGCGCCGCACCGUGCCUCCAGCUGUCACAGGAGUGACAUUCUUGUCAGGUGGCCAGUCCGAAGAAGAGGCCAGCGUGAACCUUAACGCCAUUAAUACCUGUCCGCUCGCCAAGCCCUGGUCCCUGACUUUCUCCUACGGCCGCGCCCUGCAGGCCUCUGCCCUGAACGCAUGGAGAGGAGAGCUGAGCAACGAGAAGGCCGCCACUGAGGAGUUCAUCAAACGUGCUCAGGCAAACGGUCUGGCCGCGCUCGGCAAGUACGAGUCUUCUGGAAGUGGUGCCUCCACAGGAAAAUCCCUCUAUGUGGCUAAUCAUGCCUACUAAACAUCUACCACAUUCAACUGUGGUCUAGUUAUAGUCUUAUAUCUGCUCUGCUAUUCCCCCUCACUCCUCCAUAAAUCACAGGCCUGCCCUGUCUACUGUACUUUCGAGUUAUUCAAAUUAUAUGAUUAGAUAUGUGUAUUUAAAAGCAUAAUGUGAAACUACCAUACUAAAGAGAACAGGCUUGUUUUUUUCCUUCUAUUUAACCAAACAAAUCAAAACUGCUUUGGGACAAUUUAUGACUGAAAACUAUUUUGUGUGAUGUCAGAGAUCAACAGUAGAUCAAGAUAAUCAGUCAGUAUUCAAUUCACACCCCUUCCUAACUGCUCCUGUCUCCACACCCGGUGCUGUCUCCCUUUUUCCACCACAUGGUAAAUCUUGAGCAGGCAGGUGUGUGUGUGUGUAUGUGUGUGUGUCGGUGUUUCACUUGUUUCGCUUCUGUCCAAACAUUGUAUUGGCUCAUCCGUAAAGCGCUAUACUAACAUCCUCCUUGACAGUGGGACCAAGCAAUCAUUAGUGGCUUCAGUACAUCCGUUAAGGGACAUGAGGACAAGGCGAACAGUGUGAAGACGCCGACUUUCCAGAUUGAGUUGAUCAUUUGCGCGACUGUCCAAAAGUGCAGAGUGCUUGUUGUACUUUCAGAAAGCCGUAGCUCCAGCAGAGUUCAGUAGACCCUCACCAGUACUCUUCCUAACCUCUCUGUUCUCACGCUUCUAUUCACCACUAAUCAGAGAAACAUCUUGUGUGUCUAUUCUCGGUAUAACAUCUUUUAAUUACAUACAGUAAUCAAUGUAUUCAGUUAUGUGAAGCGUCAAUAUUGUGUGUCACCCCCCUCCCCCUCCUGAUUCCCCCAGCCUGCCCCAAGGGAACAAGAGAUGGUUUCUAUUGAGAUAAAGUGGACCAAUACGUGGUGUUAGCAGCGGGGGAAACAGUCACUGCUGUGUUGGAUUACUGUGAUGUUUGUGGUGUUAAUAUUGUUCUUGAAGCACUUGGUGUGUCAAAUAGUGAAGAAAAAUAAACAUUAAAAACUAGCAGAGAU